AUCUGAUGGAGGUGUACGAUGGAAGGGUCGAGGCUCUCGUCUUGUUCGAUGUCCACAAGCGUCGUUGACGAGGUUCAAAUGAAUCCCCUCGGACGAAAAAGGACGAAAGAGGGCGAAUGCGGAGUUUGCAGGGGCCGGAUGCAUCUGGUUCCCCACUCGCUUUCUUGACUUCUUUCUUUGCCAAACCUGAACCACCGUGCUUCAAUCGACAUGAAGCAUCCUCACCGUCCAGAUCGUCCUCUUCCUAGGGAAGAUUCCUCGCCCUACUCCAUCGGAAGAGUAGAUCAGGAACUGACUCUGACUCUCUGGGAAAGUACUCCCAAAUGACGGCCGGCUCCGUACCGUCAACACGCUCUGAAGGUUAUGCGGAGGAAAGGCGAAUCAACGCCGUUUAAACAGGAGAGCAGAAGCGAAGAUAGGUUGGGCAGGUGCCCGCUGUGUAUGUGGUGAUUUCGGUCGAAGGCAACGAGGCGUUAUACCCCUGAGAGGUCGUGGAAGUGAUCGAGCGCGGGCUCUCCCCCCAUUCAACCGCGAUGUACGCGAUUGCGGCGGGGAAUUGUGAUAUUAGUUGUCGCCAAAUAAAGCUCUUGAUCUCAACCACUAGCUCGACAACAUCGCCAUCUUCACUACUCAAGCACUCAGUACUCAGUACUCAUUUGCUACUGGUCCCGCAAUGUUUCGAGUGGAAGAAUUCUUUUCGGGGUGAAGAACCACGACUUCCUGGACACCAGCCCUCUCAAGUUCAAGAACUACACUCUAGGCUUCCUGAACCAUUCACCCCCAAUCAACUCGGCCACUACCGGAUCUACCUCAUACAAACAUCUAUCCACCCAUUCGAUAUCAUCUCUCUUCGAAGAUUUACUCUCGCACCGUCGGGCGAUCCGCACUCCAUGGCGCACGUCACACACGCCGUCUCUUCGCCCCUACCUUCCCCAUCGACACAAUGUCCGCACGGCACCCCGAAUCACGCCGCACUCUCGCCAUGGCGCUUCUCCGCGCUCAUCAAGUCUUCACCCGCCAACACCCUCUUUGCCACACGCACGCGCGUGUUUGACCCGUAUGGAAAGGUGCCUGUGUAUCUGAAUACGGAGGGAGCUCGAGAGAUGACGACGACAAUGCCGUUUGCGGUGCAUGCUUCUGAGGACGGCGCUCACUUGUCGAUUUGGGGCGUAGUGCCUGCGCCAGAUUACCGUGGGCUACGCGUCAUUGUGGCGAAUGGACAAUCAUAUUCGGAGACCAGCUCCUCAUCCUACGACACACCGCAAUCUCCGUCCUCCUCACCCCAACCACCCCUGUCCUUCGCCCUGCUCCUUGCCCUGCUCAUCGGCUUGCCCUUCACCCACCCCAUGCCCCAACCUCACCGCAAACCUCAUACAAACCCAACCACCCAUGGAAAUAACCCACCCCUUCAACAACCCAAAUCCCCGCCGCCGCCCUCCCCUUUUAGCAGCACCCGCAGGUCGGCAUUCACCACUUACCUAGGCCUCGCAACGCCCAUAGGCCGGAACCUCGCCAUGUCAUUAUACAAACUCGAGAUGGAACAUUUGGAUCUGACGGGCUCCGACGCGAAGGAGCCUUUUAGGUUCGCGAUGGAUGUGGAGAAGGUGUAUUCAGGUGCUAAUGGGUCGAGUGCGGGGAGGAGGGUGCCGUUUAAUGCGAGGGUUGUGUUACCGCCUAUGACGAUUUGUCAUGGCCAGUUGAGUCAGUCGUGGGCGUUGAGUGGGGAGGUUUUGACUAGCUUGAUGAGGAUGGAGGGGGAGGAGGAGGAUUAUGGUGAUGUGUGGAGUGACGAGGCUAUGCAUGACACCAUUAUACAACUCGGAAUCAUUCACCUCGCUCGCAUUGUUAUUCAACCAAUCGUGUAUCAAGAUAUUGACGUAUUGCCACUUAGAGACUCGGAAUUGGGGUGUGUGGGGUUGGAGUGGAAUGCCAGAGACCGCGUCGAUACGACGUUGGUAUGGUCGCGCCGAAGGAGGUGUUUGAGAGGAUCCAUAGAACAAAAUAAAAUUUUCUAUUGGCUUCCCGAAAACGGCCCCAUAGCGGUCCACUGGUGCUUGUCUGGUCACCGCCGAGCACCCUAG